AUGAAUAAUCGUGAGAGUAAAUUAAUCGAUUUAAACGAUGACUGGCAGUUAGGUCAAGCUGGCAUAUGGACAAAACUGAUUGCAGAAGUAUUAGUCGGUUAUCACAGAAUCGGUGCUGUAUUAAAACAAGAAGGAUGCCCAGUGAUCUGCAUUUCACGUCUACUCAAUGCGGCAGAAAAGGGAUACUUGCAGACUCAAAAAGAAGCGUUGGCUGUAUUUUGGGCUGUUCGACGAUUGUACGAGUAUCUUUUCGGAUUGCGGUUUACCAUCUUCACUGAUCACCAAGCGCUACAGUUCUUGUUCAACCCCAACAAAUCCAUCGCGAAGUCCAUUGCUGCUAUGCUACAGAGGUGGAGUAUCGCUCUAGCCGCAUAUAACUAUGACAUCCAACAUCGUGCAGGAAAGACAAUCCCGCAGGCUGACUUCCUCUCUCGCUACUCACAAUUUUCGGAGGCCGAACAGUGUCAUUUCAUCUCCCCAGCACCACCAGUGUCUCGGGAAUCUUUACGCAAAUCUACCAAACAGUACUACUCGGACAUACUCUCAGCGAUCAAGAAAGGCUGGUCGCCAGAGGUCACACCCGUGUCAAUCAGUGCCGUGCUUUAUGAGAAUCUGACUGUAAUGCUAUCGUUUCUACGGGUGCAACUGAAGGCUCACUACGAUGAACGUCAAAUCCGAAUGCAUUAA